GGAUUCCACGUUCCGGGGCAAUUUUUGUGUGUGGACGUGGGUGGCGCCGGGUCAAAAGUUGAAGGACAGAACCCGGGGGGGGGGGCUCAGAUGCAGGUUGUGUGGCCCGAGGGGGACGCCGCCUCAGAUGCAGGCUGUGUGGCCCGAGUGGAGCAAGAAGACAACAGCGGUGAUGGCGGUUUGGAGGGAGGAGAGGCCGCGGUAGACAAUGACGACGAGGGGGGGGCAGAAGUGGGGAGGGUUGGACGAUCACGUCCACAGUCAGGGAGUGCGGUGGAGGAUAUUGGGGGAAGGGGUGCCGUUGUGCGAGGCGCAUGUGGUAGGGAAGUAGGCCCUUCUCAUGCCAAUGCACCUCAAGCACACCUUGACACAAGGGGACACGCGAAGCAGACUUCCAUCGCCAGGUGGGCAAAAAACCCGCGACAGAAGGAGAUUGAUGAGACCUGCAUUGAGUUUUUUGUUGAGAACGCGAUCCCCUUCAACGUCGCGAAGAGCAAGUCUUACAACAAAUUUGUGAACGCGUGUUUCGGGCCACAGCCUGUUGGCAAGCAUCCGCUGGUCCCCACUGGCUACAACCCUCUGAGGUGUGUUCUUCAGGAUGGCUUGCAGCGGAGGUUGCACGAUGAUGAGCGUGCCAUCAGGGAUGAUUGGGAGGUCACGGGCUGCACGUUCAUCACGGAUGGCACGACAGACAUUUGUGGCCGGUCGUUGGCCAAUUACAUCCUCACAGGGCGGUCAAAGCCAUUGUUCAUCAAGUGCGAGGAUGUCAGCGACCAGGAAAAGGGAGCUACUUCAAUUGUUCGGGGAUGGAAGAAUUUCUUUAGGGAGAUCGGGGUGGAUAAGAUCACCGCCAUCUGCAUGGACUCGUUCUCUGGCAACAAGAGUGCAGCCACCAUGCUGAGGGAGGAUCCGGAAUUCCAACAGAUUUACUGGAUCUCGUGCACUGCUCAUUGCAUGGACCUCUUCAUGCAGGAUGUGGGCAGCAAGUCGUGGGCCGCAGACAUCAUAAAGAACGCGAAUAAGGUGGUGAAGUUCUUCAGGAACCACAGGUGGCCACGAUCUGCACUGAGGACGGAGUUGACCGCACAAAAGGGCGUCAAGGGCAUUUUGGGCUCACGUGAAGAAGCUGCAUUCCCUGUUGCAGGGACCGACAACGUGCUGAGGAUGGUAGACAAGGACAUUCACUACUUGUCCCGGGUGUACGAUGUCGUUGUGGACCUCAAAAACUGCAUUGCGGAGGCCACACUCACAUGUGCUGAGCGGGCCAGCAUCCUGUAUGAUGUGGGGAAGAGGACGAACAUGCUUUUGAGCCUGGUUCAUGUUGUGGCCCGACUGCUGGAUCCUCGAUUGAGGGACAUCGCCGUCUUCAGCAACGUGCAGUUGAUGGCGCAAUUCGACAACGUGGUGGGCCGCCUUGUGCGGGGAGUCGGGAGUUCGACGACUGCAAAGACCAGUUAGAGGAACUGGAGCACGUGGUCCCUUGUGCAGACGAAGACGAGGAACCAGUUGAAGCACAAGCGUACAGAGAAGCUUGUGUACUCGCACUGGAACCUCCAGCUGAAGAGCAGGGGGGAGGACGUGCCGAUAAUAAGAGGAGGGUGGUUGGGCCUGGAGCGUGAAUGGUUGGACGAGAAUCUGGAAGGUGAGGCAGCUGGUAUGCUUGACGCGGCAGACGAUGAUGCAGUCGUGCAUCAAGCUAGCGGAUCUGAGAGGGGCAGCACCAACAUCGUUGCUGCUCGUCGUGCAUCUGAGAAGAGAACACAAGGACAAGAUGUCUUUGACGAGGUAGACGAGGAGGGCGACGAGGAAGAGGAGGAGGACGACGAGGAGGAAGAGGACGGGGGAGACGAGUUCCCUCGCGAGGAGUGGAAUAAUGACCGAUCUGACUCAAACAGGUCAUGGACACGGCGGGAGGACAUUAAUCCCUAUGUUCGCGGCACACGUUGCAGUGAUCGAAUAGCAUCGCUGAAUGCUCGGGGGCAGCGCCGACACGAGCAGCACGAGGAGCAUCAGGAAGAGGAGCAGCAGGAAGAACAGCAGCAGGAAGAGGAGCAGCGGCAGGAGGAGCAGCCCGAUGACGAGCAGGACGAGGAGGAACGGGAGGAGCAGCAGCAGCAGGAGGAGCAGCCCGAUGACGAGCAGGAUGAGGAGGAACGGGAGGAGCAGCAGCAGCAGCAAGAGGAGCAGCACGAGGAGCAGCGGGAAGAGGAGCAGCAACGCGAGGACAAGCAAGACCAGCAGGGGCCGCGACAGGGGCCGCGUGCAUUCUAUGGUCCAAGCAGACCACCGCAACUGCUUGGUUGCCUGGGGGCGAAUGUUGGUGGCAUGUGGGAUCCUCUGAGUUAUCGACCUCCACGUGGGGGUAGAGGAGGUCGACGAUGUGCACAAUCUACCCGAGGGAGACCCAGAGGGCGUCCUCCUUCAAGUUCCUCGAGAGGAAGAGGGCGUCCUUCUUCAGGAUCCUCCAUGGGCAGGGGGCGACCAUGUUCUGCCCCUGAACAUCAAAAGAAGAGGGCUGACGAGGAGGUCGGGGAGGAGGAGGAGGAGGAGGAAUCAGACGACGAUCAGCCACUGCACAGAACAAAAAAACGGAGGAUGAUGUCGAGUGAAGGGGAAGGGCCCACACACCGGACCUUGGAGGACCAUCUUGAGCAUCUUCGCCGCGCGUUGGAGACGAUCCGUCGCACCAAGUACGAGGCCAACCGCGACAAGUGUGAAUUCGCACGACAAAAGUUGGAGUACUUGGGUCUUUUUGUCACACCAGAGGGCAUCAGUCCGUUAUCGAACAAGAUCCAAGUCGUCCAAGAGUGGCUGGAACCAAGGAACGUCACGCAUGUCCGUUCGUUUCUUGGGCUUGCCAGCUACUAUCGACGCUUUAUCGACAACUAUGCGAAGAUCUCGGCCAGUUUGACCAAGCUUCAAUGCGAGGAUCGACCGUUCGACUUCGACGACAAUGUGCGGGCUUCCUUUUUGACCCUCAAAGUCGCUUUGCUAUUUGUGGAGGUCUUGUGCAUCUAUGACCUGCUUUUGCUGAUACGUGUCACUACAGAUGCGUCCGACUAUGGCAUUGGUGUCGUCCUUGAGCAACACGACGUCGAGGAUUGGCACCCCGUCGAAUAUUUUAGCAAGAAAGUGGCGGUAGUGCACUUGAUUGACGACUCACGAAAGGAGUUGUUAGCCUUCGUACACUCGCUUAAACGGUGGCGGUAUUUUAUUCUCGGUUGAAGUCAAUUCCGAUGGGUAACAGAUAACAAUCCGUUGGUCUUUUACAAGACCCAAGACAUAGU